AUGACGAAGGUCGAAAUUUCUCACACGGAGAAGAAGAAGUCAGACGGCGUCGAUGCCGACACCGGAGACUACAUGAUCAAGCCGCAGAGUUUCACUCCUGCCAUCGACACAUCUCACUGGCCCAUCCUCCUAAAGAACUACAACCUCCUCAACGUCCAUACCGGUCACUACACUCCCACCUCCUCCGGUUACUCUCCUCUGAAACGUCCUCUUCGAGAGUACAUCAAGUACGGUAUCAUCAAUCUCGACAAACCAUCAAACCCUUCUUCUCACGAGGUCGUCGCAUGGAUCAAGAGGAUCCUCCAAGUCGAGAAGACAGGUCACAGUGGAACUCUCGACCCGAAAGUCACCGGAAAUCUCAUUGUCUCCAUCGACAGAGCCACACGGCUCGUGAAAUCUCAGCAAGGUGCGGGAAAAGAGUACGUGUGCGUAGCUCGGCUUCACUCUGCUGUUUCCGACGUGACUAAAGUGGCUAGAGCUCUCGAGUCGCUCACCAGAGCUGUGUUUCAGAGGCCGCCUCUGAUCUCUGCUGUGAAGAGACAGCUUAGGGUUAGAACAAUCUAUCAAAGCAAGUUGCUUGAGUAUGACGCAAACAGGCAUUUGGUUGUUUUUUGGGUUUCUUGCGAAGCAGGUACUUACAUAAGGACAAUGUGUGUUCAUUUAGGGUUGCUUCUUGGUGUUGGUGGGCAUAUGCAGGAGCUUAGGAGGGUUAGGUCUGGGAUUUUGGGUGAGAAUGAUAACAUGGUUACAAUGCAUGAUGUGAUGGAUGCUCAACACGUGUACAAGAGUACCGGUGAUGAGACUUAUCUCAGGAGAGUGAUAAUGCCUCUUGAGAUGAUAUUGACGAGCUACAAGAGACUCGUGGUGACGGAUUCUUCUGUGAAUGCGAUCUGUUAUGGUGCUAAGUUGAUGAUUCCGGGGCUGUUGAGAUUCGAGAAUGACAUUGAUGUUGGCACUGAGGUUGUUUUGAUGACGAAUAAAGGAGAGGCGAUUGCUAUUGGGAUCGCUGAGAUGACAACUUCUGUGAUGGCUACUUGUGAUCAUGGUAUGGUGGCUAAGAUCAAAAGAGUGGUGAUGGAUAGAGACACUUACCCUAGGAAAUGGGGAUUGGGACCUAGAGCUUCGAUGAAGAAGAAGCUUAUUGCUGAUGGGAAGUUGGAUAAGCAUGGGAAGCCUAAUGAGAAAACUCCUGUGGAGUGGAGUAGGAACGUGGUUUUGCCUACUGGUGGAGAUGCUUUGGUUGCUGGUGCUUCUGCUGCUGCUCCUGAGAAGGAUGAUAAUGAAGCUGUGGAGAAAAAGGUUGAGGCUGAGAAUGGAGAAGGAGGGGAAGCAGGGAAGCGUAAGCGUGGUGAUAGCAGUGAAAGCCCUGCUCCUGUUUCAACCAAGUCGGAGAAGAAGAAUAAAAAGAAGAGCAAGGAGACAGAGGAAGCUGCUGUUGAUGGUGAAGAUGAAUCAGCAGCUGAGAAGAGUGAUAAGAAGAAUAAAAAGAAGAAGAACAACAACAACAACAACAAAGAUGGUGAAGAUGAUGAAAAAUUGGAAUGA